CCGCUUUCCGUGUUCUUCAAAAAGCUUACGCUGUAUGUCCUACACCUUCCCUAUUCUACUUACGGAAAAAAAAAAAAAACUAAACUGGCCGCCGCGUUUGUUCCGUAAGUUUGACUAGCAGUAAAGUGUACAUCGGUUGUAGACUCACUAUUGCAGUGUAUUAUGGGAGUGAAUGAGUGCACACGAUAAUGUCCACUAUGGUGUAGGACACCAUUGCAAAUGGCUCUCCCCUCAAACAUAGGCGGGCAACACAGUCAUUGAAUUGUUUAGUAAAUUAAUUUGUUCAAAAACACGGAUUUAUUCAGGAACGAAACAUCACUACUCUCCCGGAACAGCUUAUUCUGCUUUGGCUUCACUUGGAACUAUUUACGUUGGUGGAGCAAAAAUAGACCAAGUAACUUGCAAUACUGUGUCUAAAUGUAAGUUCCUCAAAAUUAACUUCUUGUUUUUUAACUGUUGUGUAAACAUGUAGAUUCCAUACACAAAUCUUUUAUGUUAAAAAAUAUUCUGUUUACAACCUGUUACUCACUCGAGGACACAAGCAAUAGAAUACCACAAUGAUCCAAUGAUCCAGUCAAUUCCCGGCCUACAUUUUUACUUGUUCAAGAAGCUGUUUCACUCGGAUUGACGUCACAAUAGGGAAGAAAAGACAUAUCGUAACUUCAGUGUCUUGGCAAGGAUCUGGUGUAACAUUUUUGUUUGCCACUAAGUGUUAAAAAAGACGACGAGUGCUGACUACUUAAACACACAGGAACAAAAUCAUUUAAUGUUUGACAGUUAAAGAGCAGAAGUUUUUGAUGGUUUUUAUGAUGAUGUGAUCAAGACUGAGUCUGAGAGAAUGAAGAAACAGUAGAGAGAGUGAUGGUGGAAAUCUUUGAGAGUUCAGACUGUGGGAGAUCACGACUUCAGGACAGAGACAAACACACACCAACCACUUCAGCGUACAGCAACAUCUCUUCUCUUUUCUGAUGGUGUGCUUACUGGUGUGAGGGAGGGAAAACCUGUCACUCACAUGAUGUCACAGCAAUAGCAAACCAUCCAAUCAAUUCCCAUUAAACAAAACCAAGUCCCGGCCUACAUUUUUCCUUGCUCAAGAAGCCAUUUCACUCGGAUAUACAUCACAAUAAGGAAGAAAAGACUAUCACAACUAUGCCAACUGAUCAGAUGUCACAUGUUUUUGUUUUCACACGUUGACCACAAACUGUACGCUAGUGUUAAAAAGAAGACGAGUGCUGACUAUUUAAACACAUCUACACAGGAACAAGGAGCAAAAUGUCUGAUGAUGUUUAUAACAAUGUACUCAAGAUUGAGUCUGAAGGGAUGACGACAGAUAGAGUGGAUAUGUCAGUGGAUAUCUAUGAGAGUGCAGAUUGUGUGGGAGAUCAUGAAUUCAGGACAGAGACAAACACACAACAACCACCCCAGUGUACAGGAAGUGAUUCUGUGAGGAUCAGAAGCUCCAGAGCAGCUCCAGUGUGUUUGGUGCUGCUGUGUGUUCUUCUGCUGACUGCAGUCAUAGUGCUGUGUGUCCACAUCCAUACAAAGAGCACAAACUACACAGAAGAGAGAGACCAGCUACUUACUAACAUCACCAACCUCACAGAAGAGAGAAACCAGCUACUAAACAAGAUUACCAACCUCAGAGAAGAAAGAGAUGCGCUAAGAAAUGAACUUCAGAUGUGUGCUGGAUGGACUUGCUAUCAAUCUAGUUUUUACUACAUAUCAAAUGAGAAGAAGAACUGGACUGAGAGCAGAAGAUACUGUACAGAGAGAGGAGCAGAUCUGAUCAUCAUAAACAACAAAGAGGAACAAGAUUUUGUUAAGAACAUAUCUGGUGCUGCUGUGGUCUAUAUUGGUCUGACUGACAGUGAUGUGGAGAACACAUGGAAAUGGGUUGAUGGCAGCACUCUGACCUCUGGUUUCAGGUUCUGGGCGUCUAAAGAGCCUAAUGGAGAUACAAGAGAGAACUGUGUUGUGACUGUGGCUGUGCCUAAAUUGCCAGAGUGGCCUGGUUUAGUUGGGUGGAUUGAUGUUGCAUGUAAUAUAACUUAUCAAUGGAUCUGUGAGAAGAAUAUUUCACAUCUCAUAAUGCCAUAGGAACAUCAUACAUGCAUGAUUGUACAUACUCGUAAUUAACUUCAUACUGUGUCAGCCUCAUUGUAUUAAUAAAGUUCAAAACUUUUCUUGUA